UCAGAAGACCAAGAUGGCGGACGGGUCUACGGACGAAGUGAUCCGCCGACGCGGCUUUACUAAUAUUAGAGUAACCCAGAACAGAUUUCACAGAAGUACAGUAUUUAUGGGUGGGACUUUUGACGCCCGAGAGAAGAUCAGGGUGUCUGACGUCAGACAGAGACUGGGUAGUGGAAGAACAGUUUUCCCAGUGAAAGAUGCAAGAGAGAAACUCACCCAGAAAGACACCCUCUUUAGACUUCGAAGCCGUUUGGUAGGAGGAGCCGUUCAAGAUGCCAGACAGAUGAUCAACUCUCGUAAACAACAAGGGCAAAAACAGUUAUGUAACACUGCUCAGUCACUGAUACAGGACAUCUUACAAGUAAAUCUACAGGCAAACACAAAGCGGAUGCACAGCAACAACAGCGGCGCAAAGAAAUCUUUUCCAAGUGUGAAUCGCUCCACACGCCUUCAGGGAUUAAAUUCAGAAAUGGAAGCAGCAUUACAGCAAGCAGGUGGAUCUGAACAAGGGAUGGAUGCACGUGAAAGGCUGAGCCUCAAGAGGAGCAUUGCAGUUGCACCAAGCACAGGGCCUCUGUCUUUGCUCAAGAUCACCAAGACUGUCCAGCAGAGGCCGAUGGAAAUAACAACUGGUGCCUGUGUUUGUGUUCCCAGUAGCAGCACGCAGUGUCUGUCAAGUGAAGAUAACAUCACUCCCAGUAAACAGAUGAAGAUCACAAUGUCUGGUGGUGCUCUGCAGAAACAGGCUGGUUUGAGCUCUGCACCCUUUUCUCUGCCAGUUCCCAUCACUAAAGUGGUCCAGAAUGACAGCUAUACAGCUCCUCCUCCUCCCCCUAUGGCUGUUGCAGGCCCCAGGUCCAGUGUCAGUCCACCAGCUUCCUGUUCCACGCUUCCUAACUUGCCACCGGUGUCUAGAACCCUGGUCACUGACCAAGCCCAGCAUAGUGCAGAUAGUGAGGAUGCCACUUCUCAGCUCACAGCCUCAAUGCCAGCAUUUAGUCCGCUGGAGGGGACCAAAAUGAUGGUGAACAAUCUUCACCCUCGUGUUACGGAGGAAGAUAUUGUCGAACUCUUCUGUGUGUGUGGAGCCUUGAAGCGAGCACGUCUCCUCCGUGUGGGUGUGGCAGAGGUGGUGUUUGUCAGGAAGCAGGAUGCCAUCACAGCUUAUAGGAAAUACAACAAUCGCUGCCUGGAUGGUCAGCCCAUGAAAUGUAACCUUCACAUUCAAGGAAAUGUUAUCAGCUCUGAUCAGCCAAUUUUGCUAAGGCUGAGUGACACCCCUGGCAGUAGUGGAGGUGAGGCGGUGAAGAAAGUGGGGCUUCCUCCUUGUCUAUCUCGCCUAAGUGGUCGUUCAGACUCUUCUCAGCCACCAGCUGAAGUUGAUCCGCAGACCAUUCUAAAAGCCCUUUUCAAAUCGUCCACUCCAGUGCCGUCGGCAGACUCUGGCAGCACUCAGUCAACUGCCUUCUGCAUCAAAAUAUAGCAGUGUGCGUUUACUAUUGUGUGCACGUGGAAAGCACACGCUCAUGGGUUAAUCCUGCACACUGCCUUUUCAGCAUGGCGACAUGGGAUCUAGUCAUACCACCCAGUGCACAUUGAUGAAAAUGAACUGAGACAGCACUGAUAAUUCAGUUCUAUAGCAAUGCAUAAUUAAAACUUGGCUCCUUGCGUACAUGUCUUUACAGUCCUCAUAGACAGCAUAUUCAUUUCGUAAAAUGUGAUGUACUCUUGAUGUUUCAGUAAUUGCAUUAUAUUUGUAUAGGUUUGAAAACACAUAGCAUGUGUUUCAGAAUGGACCAAUUUUAGAUUUACUCAGUGUUUUACUGCUUAGAAUAAUUAUUUUAAAACCUGUGUGGUCUACAGGAAGAGAAUAUUCCAGUUGUUGGGUAGGCUUUGAUGAUUACAGCAUGGUUCACGUUUUCAAGUUGUUCACAUUGAACACUGUUGUGAAUCAUGUGAUUUCUGCAUCUUUCAGAACAGUCUGAUGCACAAAAAUGCGUACAUCUUUGCUCGCCUACAACAUACCGUACUUUGAUAUACAGUGUAGAUUUUCUUAACAUGAAAGCAAGUGUUUCUGUAUACUGAUUCUUAUUUCUGUUUAUUUCUUGUUUUAAUGUGGAUAGCUUUGCAGUUCAACUUCUCUCUAUUGUAAUGCUCUCUUAAUGUUCGUUUUGUAUAUCUUUAAAAGAAACCUCCUUUGUCUGAAAAACUGA